AACCAAACAGUAAAGGGAACAAAGCUCAUUUCAGAGGCUCUGAGGAUGCCUAACCAAGUGAGAAUUCUACACUGCUUUCUCCUCCUCUGGUCGUUCUACACAUUCCUUUGGGCUGUUGAAGCGACACCAGACUAUCAACUCAAUAAUGUUUUGAGCAUCAUCGAGGAGUUGGAAGGUCAUGAUCCUGCAUUGACUAUUCUCAACAUUACUACUACUCUAGGAGGACUGAGAAAGUCUGACCAGGAUUACCAUCUCCUCCUCUUUGGUGAAACAUCAAUGCCUUCUGUCUCUCUGGAACCUCUAUCUGAAGACCAACAAUCUUUUAUUAAAAAUGUGAUGAACCAUAAAGUCGACUCUUCAGCUGAACAUGGCGUGGUUCUCACUCCAGAUGGAACGACAAUUGCUGUUGGGCACCUUAUUGCCGGGAUUGAAGCUGGAUUGAAGAGAAAUGUUGACCACCCUUGGCCGGAUUUGGCAGGUGGACUCCCAGUCCCAGUUGAUAGUCUUUAUGCCCUGACACUAGCCAAAGAUCUAGGGUUAGCAAUCGUGGCCCAUCACUUGAACAAAAGUCAAGUGUUACUGGGACCUGAUGGUUGUUGGGAUAAUGUGACUUCUCCUCAAGUUUUCACUGGAUCAGGUCCCUGGUCCCUGGUCACUAAUGCUUUAAUUAAUGGAGGCAUGGAUGGCUUUAUCCUGGGGAGCUACUUAACAAAGCUCCAAGGUCCACUGCCCAACCUCAGCGCUGUGUUGAGAGAUUACUACAGAAAGGGUCAGGGGCAAAUGGGUUUAAGGGCAAAUGCACGUCGUAAGAAUUUUGACGCAAAGGUUGACCUUGGUAAUUUUAUCAAUCAGGUUAUAAGUGCUGUUUACCUGUACAACCACAUCAGGAACAAUGCAACUCUCCAAAACCUCAACGACAACACCCUCAGAAAGAUUUCUGAGCAAGGAGUUAACCAGUUUCAUCAUAGCUAUCUCGAGUGCCCUGCCAUUAUCCCUCGCUGUAUGUGGGCUGCCAAGCCCUACAAAGGUUCCCCGGUGAAUCUGGUGCUCCCCCUACACUUUGUUUAUAUCCACCACACCCAUCAGCCAAGCCGACCCUGCACCAAUUUCCAGGACUGUGCAGCAGACAUGAGGAGUAUGCAACGGUUCCACCAAGAGGAUCGUGGAUGGGACGACAUAGGUUACAACUUUGUGGCAGGCUCUGAUGGAUACAUUUACGAAGGUCGUGGAUGGCUCUGGCAAGGAGCUCACACCAAAGGACAAAACUCUAGGGGGUAUGGAGUGAGCUUUAUCGGUGAUUACGCCUCGGAGCUCCCAGACCAGGCUGCAAUGGAACUAGUCAAAGAAAAUUUCAUGAAGUGUGCUGUGAUUGACAAGAGAAUAGCCAGUAAUUACACUGUCCAGGGACAUCGACAACACAGACCAACAACGUGCCCAGGAGAUAGGUUAUUCAAUGAAAUCAAGACCUGGGAGGCCUUUAAGGAGGUUGAAUAAACCAGUGUGACCACUACAGCGUCGUAACCACUGAAGAGCAACGCAUAGAGAGACCAUGUGGAGACCAUGAAACAUGAAGACAAGCCCUUAAGCAAGGAAGAGCUACAUAGACACAGUCAUGGUUACGUGAAUAAUAAACACAUUAAUUUUAAAGUG